AUGGAAGGGACUCCAGCUACAAACAGUAGCUGUGAUGUCGGCGUGCAAGCUCCGGGAGUUGACACGGGCUCCGCUGAAAGGCGUCCAGCUGACAAUAGUGCGUCAACUCCGGGAGUUGAUGACGCGACAAGCAGUGCUGCCGGUUGCAAACGCCCAGCACCGAAAAUGCUUAUGUGCUCACGUGCAGCCGGGCUGCACGACGAAGGGGAAUGCAAUCAAACCGGACUUGAUCAUUCACGUCCGCGGGAACAAUACGCGGACGGUUACAAAAAUAACGGAAAUUCAUCCAAGGCCGGGCCUGGACGAGAAACACGUGAAGCCGGGCUUCACAAGAAAAGAGAGCGCAAGCGACGAAAUCUGCGCAAGUGUCGUUCCGGGACCGAGACGCUACAAUCGGUGUCUGCCGAGCAGACACCAGAACAGACAUCGAGCGUCGAGACGUUGAACGUCUUGACGCGAACCCGUACUGGUAUCCAGUACCGGUCGAUGACAUUGGAGAAUCCUCCGAAGAGGUCUGUUUGA